GUAGAGACUCCAGAGGUGACCAUAAAAGAGGAGAGCUAAGCACUAUGGUUUUCUGAAGAAAAAAUGAAGACAGAGAGCACUCACAAGACGAUAGCAGCAGGUGGCAAGAUGACAGUCCCCCAAUCUCCUGUUGGAGUGAGGAGCAUCGUGACCUCCUUAGUGGCUUUCUUCAUCUUAGCCAGCUCCAUCGUUUUCCUCUUAGACAGAGGCCAGGAAGAGCAAGUGCAAAUGGCAGUCGAGCAUGGACGCCAAGAAGUGCAGGUGAAGGUGGAAGCUGGGCUCCAAGAACCAGCGAUGAGAGGGACAACUGAGGCGGAGGACACCAGCAAUGAGGAGUGCAACUGGUCGAGGGGGCAGUGGGUGUACGACAAUGUAUCCCGGCCAUUGUACUCCGGGCUCAAGUGCGCCUUCAUCUUCCCUGAGGUGGCUUGUGACAAAUAUGGCAGGAAGGAUGUCAUGUACCAGCACUGGAGAUGGAAGCCUCAUGGAUGCGAUCUUCCAAGAUUCAACGCAACUAGGCUGCUUGAAAAGCUGAGGAACAAGAGAUUAGUGUUUGUGGGCGACUCAGUCAACAGGAACCAAUGGGUUUCUCUGGUGUGCAUGGUGGAGGCCUCAAUACCUGAUGACAGGCUCAAGACGCGUAUCUUCAAUGGCUCUCUGAUAUCCUUCAAGGCAUUGGAAUACAAUGCAACAAUAGAUUUCUACUGGUCACCGUUGCUUGUGGAGUCCAACAGCGACAACCCAAUUAUCCACCGGGUGGAGUACCGGAUCAUAAGGGCAGACAGAAUUGAGAAGCAUGCCAGUGUCUGGAGGGAUGCUGACAUCAUUGUCUUCAAUUCUUACCUGUGGUGGAGGAAGCAGAAGGAUGACAUGAGGAUGAAGGUUAUGUAUGGUUCAUUUGAAGAUGGCGAUGCAAGGUUAGAUGAAAUGGAAAUGGUCGAUGGUUUCGAGAUAGCUCUGAAGAAACUAACUGAAUGGCUCGGAGAGAAUAUUGACAAGAACAAGACUAGAAUCUUUUUCGCAGGAUCAUCACCAACACAUUCCUGGGCUAGCAGCUGGGGUGGAGAAGACAGCAACAAGUGCCUCAACGAAACAGAGCCGAUCUACAAAGUCGGGUACAAAACGGCAACUACAGAUUACAGCUUGAUGGCCAAGGCUAAGUCAUAUUUUAGAACAUUGGAGCCGAAAGGUAUACAUGUUCAGAUACUGAACAUCACAGAGCUGUCUGACUACCGCAAGGACGGGCAUCCUACAGUGUUCAGGAGACAAUUUGUUCCUCUAACGAAAGAGCAGAUUGCGAACCCAGCCAGCUACGCGGAUUGCACGCAUUGGUGCCUCCCGGGCGUUCCUGAUGUCUGGAACGAGUUUUUAUACGGCUACCUCAUGUACAAAUGAUACUUGACAUCCCAAUAUAAAAUGUACAAAUGGCAUACUGCAUCUAGAUUAGGCUACUUUGCUUUGUUUUAUGCAGAGAAUGACUGGCCCCAUCACAUUUACAUGUAGAGACAGACAAGAGGAUCCGUCUGUGCACCACCUCACUAAAGGAGACAUUCAAAGUGAACAUUGUAUAUCAUCAGUGUACUACAGUAUUUGUUUUCA